CCCGGAUGUCAAUUCCGCCUUUGAAAUCCUGGUAAUGUCCAGAUGCAUGGCAGCCCUAAUGGAGACAGAGUCCUGGAAAACGCCCCAUCAUCAGAAUCUGGUGCCUGUUAUGCUCAGGUCAAUCAGGAAUGGCUGCUGCAGAAAUCCCCAGUUAUAUUGUUUCUUCUCAGACUGAGAAGCACAGGAGGGCCAGGAACUGGACUGAUGCAGAAAUGAGGGGCUUAAUGCUGGUUUGGGAAGAAUUUUUUGAUGAAUUGAAACAAACUAAAAGGAAUGCCAAAGUUUAUGAGAAAAUGGCUAACAAACUCUUUGAAAUGACUGGAGAAAUUCGACAUGGAGAAGAAAUAAAGAUAAAAAUUACAAACAUGACAUUCCAGUACAGAUGCAUGCAUAUAAUUGGAGAACCAAGCAGUGAUGUAAGAAGAGUCAAGUGGAAAUUAAAAUGUAUGACUGAUAGUGAAACGCUUGCACCUGAUUGGCCUUACUUUAAAACCAUUGAUAGAAUACUUUCUAAAGUGUCAGAGCACAAUGAUGUGAAAAUGCAUGACAGUCAGCUGCCAGGUCCUUCAACAUCCCAGACUGAGGCAUCACAGUCACCAUCUGCCAAGUCUACUCCACUCUAUUUGCCUUAUAACCAGUUCACUUAUGAAGGGAGAGAAGAAUUUUUUGAAGAUGAGCAUUCUGAGAGCUCUUCCAGCUUACUUUCUUAUAAGUUAAGAGCUGAAGAGAGGCCCAUAAAGAAAAGGAAAAUGCAGAGUUGUAGCUUUCAAAAGAAGAAACUAAAGUUAAUGGAAGCAAUGCUAGAGGAACAAAAGAAACUGAGUAGGGCAAUGGAAGAAACUUGCAGGGAAGUAAGAAGGAUUCUGGAUCAGCAGAACAUCAUCCAAGUUCAGAGCCUUCAGUUGCAAGAGAGAAUGAUGAAUUUAUUGGAGAAAAUGAUAUCUAAAGCCAAUGUUUAGUUUCUUUUGCAGUGCUCCUGAAAAUACAAUAUUUAUCUAUUUUACAGAAAUUGCAUAUCCUAUGAUUGCCUCUUCCUUCCAGGUAAAUAAAAAAAUGUAAUGUAAUUAUGAAGAGUUUAAUCAGUGUAGGAGGUGAGCCAUCUAGACAACUGGGUGUUUCUUAAUGAAAUAAAAUGUGGUCUUGCUUUGUGAA